AUGGCUGACGAGAAGACCCCGAAGGCAGCUGUAUCUACAGAAGACGAAAAGUUUAAGGAGAACUCCGGUAGCGGCUCCUCCCAGAAGACUUCCGCUCCUCCUGCUUCUUUCGUUCCCUCUAGACCCCAGGUCCUCACAUCCAAGGACAAGGAUACGAAAAGAUUAGUCGUUGUGUUAUCUCAAGCAUGCUUGGAGACUCACAAGAUUGGCACAGGUGCCUCUGCGGGCGAUAAGUACGCUCUUUUAAACUGUGAUGAUCACCAGGGCUUGUUGAGGAAAAUGGGUCGUGAUAUCGCUGAAGCCAGACCAGACAUCACACAUCAAUGUCUUUUGACCUUAUUAGACUCUCCAAUCAACAAGGCAGGAAGAUUGCAGGUUUUCAUUCAUACAGCCAGAGGUGUUUUGAUCGAGGUCAACCCAAGUGUCAGAAUCCCUAGAACAUUUAAGAGAUUCUCAGGUUUGAUGGUUCAACUAUUGCACAAACUCAGUAUUCGCCUGGUGAACUCCGAGGAGAAGUUACUUAAGGUGAUUAAGAACCCUAUUACGGAUCAUCUACCAAUAAAGUGUCGCAAGAUCACCUUAAGUUUUGACGCGGAAAUAAGAAGAGUGCAAGAUUACGUGGAGACCUUGGACGAGAAUGAAAGUAUAUGUGUGUUUGUGGGAGCCAUGGCAAGGGGACAGGACAAUUUCGCCGACGAGUACGUUGACGAGAAAAUCGGUCUUUCUAACUAUCCUUUGUCUGCAUCUGUUGCAUGCUCCAAAUUCUGUCACGGUUGUGAAGAUGUCUGGGGAAUUAUGUAG